ACCGAAGACAAAAAAAAAAGGCAAAACCGGAAAUCUACUAAAGAAAGGUGGAAAUGGUGUAGUUUGUUUCAAGAUCUUUGUUUGUUUAAUAGUGGAAUCCUAAAAGGUGCAUCAGAAGUUUCUUCAGAUCCGAUAAAGAAGGUCAGAAAUAUUACUAUAUUAUUCGGUAACGGAUUAUAGUUUUUUUCUUUUCAAAAUAAUAGUAAUAAUAUUGAGGCAAAAGCGGAAAAAUUAAAACAGUAGGUUGGCUGAAAGACGAUUUCUGUUGUCAAGAAUUUAUACAUAUAGGAGUACAUAUAUAUAAAUAUUUACAGAGAGAGAGAGGGAGAGUUAUAUAUGCAAAUGAAGUUGAGUGUAAGUAUGGGAGAAAGGAAAAGGAAGUUGAAGUAGAAGAAAAUCAACGGUUCUCAUAAGUUUCCAUUCCUUUUUGGUUUUUAACAUCACAAAUUUUCGUUUACUCUUCCCAAUUCUUCUGAAUAAUUAAUCUCCCCUUUUUGGUUAAUUCGUUUUUAGUUUGAAUUCAUUGCUUUAUAGCAGUGAAAUUUGGGGGAGGGCUUCGAAAUUCGUAGCAAAAAAUGUUGAAAGAUUUCAUUUUUCCCAUUGGUACAGUGUUGGUUUGUGUGUAAAUGCUAGUCAAAAUUUUUUUUUUCUUGGAAAAGAAAUUCAUUGUUGUGGAAGUCAUUGGUUUCUUUGCUGAUACAAAGAAUCAUUAGAAGAAACACAUGAUUUUAGCAGCUGUCAAAUUGAAGAAGAUGAGAUUUUCUAGGAGAAUUAGGAUUCAAUUUUCGAAAUUUAGGAAUUUGAUUUCCAUGUUGAGCUGUUAAUUGGGGGACCGUGUGUUUUUCUGUUGUUGGGACUGAUUCAUACAUAUAAUCUUCACUCAUUUUAUUGUGCUUCUGCAUCAAUUUUGUGUCUGAAGAUUUUGAGGGGAUUAAGGUUUUUGACUAUAAUUCUUGAAUCUCGAUACAACGUUGUUUAGUUGAGAUGAUUACGUUUAUGGAAUCUAAGGAGAGAAGCAAAGAGAGUGAGAGAUGUUUGGAUUCUCAGCUGUGGCACGCCUGCGCCGGCAGCAUGGUGCAAAUGCCGCCGGUGAAUUCGAAGGUCUUCUACUUCCCACAAGGCCAUUUGGAGCACGUUUGUGGCAAUCUUGAUCUUAGGAAUUGUCCUAGGUUGCCUGCCUAUGUACCUUGUAGGGUGUCUGCAGUUAAGUUCAUGGCUGAUCCUGAGACGGAUGAGGUUUUCGCGAAGAUCAGAUUGGCCCCCGUUGCAGGGGACGAGGUUGAUCUUGAUAAGGAUGGUGCUGCCGAGGUUGAUGGGGUUGAGAAUCGAGAUAAGCCCACCUCCUUCGCCAAGACCUUGACACAGUCCGAUGCCAACAACGGUGGAGGUUUCUCGGUGCCUAGGUAUUGUGCAGAGACGAUCUUCCCUCGUUUGGACUACUCGGCUGAUCCUCCCGUGCAGACCAUUCUUGUCAAGGAUGUCCACGGCGAGGUUUGGAAGUUCAGGCAUAUCUACAGGGGGACGCCCAGGCGGCACCUCUUGACAACGGGGUGGAGCACGUUCGUGAACCACAAGAAGCUCGUGGCGGGGGAUUCAAUCGUGUUCCUGAGGGCGGAGAAUGGUGACCUCUGUGUUGGGGUCAGGCGUGCCAAGAAUGGGAUUGGUGGCGGACCUCAGGUGCCACCACGGUGGAGCCCCGGUGGAGGUGGUCCCGCCGUGCCAUAUGGAGGGUUUUCAAUGUUCUUGAGGGAGGAUGAGAGCAAGUUGAGUAGAAAUGGUGGUGGGGCUAACAAUGGGAGUUUGAUGGGCAAGGGGAGGAGAGUGGAAACAGAAGAUGUGGUCGAAGCAGCAACCCUUGCUGCCAAUGGGAAGCCCUUUGAUGUGAUUUACUAUCCCCGAGCUAGCAAUCCCGAGUUCUUUGUGAGGACGUCUCUUCUGAGGGCGGCCCUUCAAAUACGUUGGUGCUCGGGGAUGAGGUUCAAGAUGGCCUUUGAGACGGAGGAUUCCUCGCGUAUAAGUUGGUUUAUGGGAACUAUAUCAUCAGUGCAGGUUGCUGAUCCUGUUCGAUGGCCUGAUUCCCCUUGGAGGCUUCUGCAGGUGAGGUGGGACGAACCCGAUCUGCUUCAAAAUGUGAAACGUGUGAACCCGUGGUCAGUUGAAUUAGUAUCAAACCUUCCCAACAUCCAUCUAUCCCCUUUCUCAUCUCCACACAAAAAGCUGAGAUUACUGCAGCCUCCCGAUUCCCCUCUCGAUGGACAACUUCCUUUGCCGGCCUUCACCGGCAGCCACCACCUUUUCGGGUCGAGCUACCCCUUCGGUUGUCUUACAGAUAACGCUCCUGCUGGCAUGCAGGGAGCCAGGCAUGGUCAAUACGGUAUAACAUUAUCUGACCUCCAUUUCAGUAAACUACGAUCCGGAUUGCUUCCACCCGAUCCUCCUCCUCCUCGGCCUCUUGAUCGAGCUUCCGUAGCCACCCGGCCCUCCAACUCUGUUUCCUCUGAACAGAGCAACGAGAAGAACAUUUCUUGUCUUCUGACAAUGGGGAGUUCAGCUCGAGUGUCAACCAAGCCCGAAAAUCGAAAGGAAAUGCCGUUCGUGCUUUUUGGCCGAGAAAUACUCACGGAGAAGCAGAUUUCAGUAAGCCGCUCCAGUUCUUCCGACUGCAAUGUAGACAGAGGUGGGAACACUUCGGAUGGGUCCGGCUUUGUUCUCAAUCGGAACGAGGCGCACGAGCGCGAGUGGCUUCAGCCGGAGCUAGGCAUAGAGACCGAUCACUGCAAAGUUUUCAUGGAAUCCGAGGACGUGGGCAGAACACUGAAUCUUUCCUUGCUUGGAUCCUACGAAGAACUGCACAUGAAACUGGCAAGCAUGUUUCGUGUCGAAAUCGCGGAUAUCUCGAAGCACAUCCUCUACCGUGACACCAAAGGUGUGGUCAGGCAACUUGGUGAAGAACCAUUCGGCAAAUUCUCGAAGACAGCAAGAAGGUUGAGAGUUGUAGUUGAUUCAGUCACUGACAAUCUAGAAGUAUAGAGAUUUAUGAUGCAGUUAUCAUCUUUAGUUCAACUAUGUCCGACGACGACGAACGGCGUCGUCGUCGGAAUCGAUGUAAUAUCGAGUUAACAUUAAGCUUAUUCUUUGGAAGGAUGUGGAUGGAUUUGUUUUCUGCAAUUUCGCGCAUGGUUUGUGCGAAAACGAUAAGAGAAAAUGUAUUAGAUUUUUUUUAGUGUUUGUUUGCAAAGGCAAAUCUUGAAAGAGGAAUAUUGAGAACUUGUUUAAUGAAUUGCUUUCUUGUGAUUUAAA